UGCAGCGGAUGCGCCGGGAGCUGAGCAACCGCAGGAAAAUCCUGGUGAAAAACCUGCCUCAGGACAGCAACUGCCAGGAAGUUCAUGAUUUAUUACAAGACUAUGAGUUAAAAUAUUGUUAUGUGGACAGAAAUAAGCGAACAGCUUUUGUUACCUUAUUGAAUGGUGAACAGGCCCAAAAUGCAAUUCAGAUGUUUCAUCAACACUCUUUUCGAGGAAAAGACUUAAUAGUCCAGCUCCAGCCAACAGAUGCUCUGCUCUGUAUUACCAACUUGCCCACUUCUUUUACAUUAGAAGAAUUUGAAGAACUUGUGCGUGCUUAUGGAAAUGUUGAAAGAUGUUUUCUGGUCUACAGUGAAGUUACGGGCCACUCCAAAGGCUAUGGAUUUGUGGAAUACAUGAAGAAGGACUUUGCUGCAAAGGCUAGAUUGGAGCUAUUGGGUAAACAGUUGGGGGCAUCAGCUCUUUUUGCACAGUGGAUGGAUGUUAAUCUGUUGGCCGCGGAGCUCAUUCAUUCUAAGUGCCUUUGUAUAGAUAAACUCCCUAGUGACUACAGGGAUUCAGAGGAGCUGCUGCAAUUAUUUUCCAGCAUCCAUAAACCUGUAUUUUGCCAGCUUGCACAGGAUGAAGGUAGUUACGUGGGUGGCUUUGCGGUGGUUGAAUAUAGCACUGCAGAGCACGCCGAGGAGGUUCGGCAGGCAGCCGAUGGUAUGACAAUCAAGGGAAGCAAAGUUCAAGUUUCCUUCUGUGCCCCAGGAGCACCAGGGCGGAGUACAUUAGCAGCGUUGAUAGCAGCUCAGCGUGUGAUGCACAGUAAUCAAAAGGGCUUACUUCCAGAGCCAAAUCCAGUGCAAAUUAUGAAAAGUUUAAACAACCCUGCCAUGUUACAAGUUCUGCUUCAACCCCAGCUCUGCGGGCGGACUGUUCAACCAGUUCUUGGAACACCUCACAGCUUGCCACAUCUGAUGAAUCCGUCCGUCUCCCCCGCCUUUUUACAUUUGAAUAAAGCACAUCAGAGCUCACUUCUGGGUAGUACUUCUAAUUUAUUUCUUCAGAAUCUUUCUCAUGUACCAGUGGCACAGCAACAGUUAAUGAAGUUUGAGAAUAUUCAUACUAAUAAUAAACCAGGCUUACUCGGAGAAGCUCCAGGCCUGGUACUUCAAACCGCAGCAGGGAUCGGGUCAGCGCUUCCACUGAAAACAGAGCUGGGCCAUCUUGGAGAAGCACAUAAAACAUCUAAUCUGAUUCCAACUCAAACAACUGUAACAGCUGGCGUGGGCAUGUUACCAUUCUUUCCAAAUCAGCAUAUUGCUGGACAAGCAGGGCCCGGGCCUGGGAGCACUCAGGAGAAACAGCCAGCCUCCGUGGGAAUGGCAGAAGGAAAUUUCUCAGGGUCACAGCCUUAUCUUCAGAGCUUUCCAAACCUUCCUGCUGGAGGCUUGCUCUCGGGACAUCAUAAGCAACAGCAAAGUCAGCCAAAAGGCCCGGAGAUAAGUUCAGGGGCUGCCUCUAAGAAUCAGACUUCACUCUUGGGAGAACCACCAAAAGAAAUUCGGCUCAGUAAAAAUCCAUACUUGAACUUGGCAAGUGUGUUGCCCAGUGUGUGCUUAUCAUCCCCUACAAGUAAAACCGCUCUGCAGAAGACUGGAAUUGCAAGCAACAUUCUGGAUGCAAUCUCUCAGGGAAAUGAAUCACAACACACGUUGGAAAAGUGCAUUGCUUAUUCUCAGCCUUUUGGUGACUACACACAGGUGUCAUCUUUAAGAAAUGAAAAGCGUGGCUCGUCGUAUCUUGUCUCUGCCCCAGAAGGCGGUUCAUUGGAAUUUGUUGACCAGCAUUCUCAGGGCACAGGAGCACAUUACAUGGAAACCUACUUAAAAAAGAAGCGAGUGUACUGAGUUAAGUUCUCUCCUUAAAACCUCCUAGGGUUCUUUGCAGUAUCUCUGCUGUUCAUCGCUGCCUUAACUACAUUCAGACUAGCCAUAUCCUUUAAAUACGGGUUAAAAACUUCCCACAAGGAACUCUGCUGUGCAGCAGGCAGAAUUGCCAAAUUUAAAAAAAAAAUAAGUAGCAAUAAGAAGAGACAUCAAUUGAGGACAUUUUCCACUAGCAUUAGAUGUAUCUUAAUCUGGUAUUAACUUACAUAGUCCAUUGGAGAAAUUAAUAUAUGUUCCAAUACUCCUUGUUUAGGAGUGGGAAUAAUUUUGACACCAUAUAUUAAAGUUUGAAGCAAUAAAUGGGAAAUGUUCUUAUUUCCCGAGCCUUAGAAUGAGUUUUCAAUAAGCCAUUGUACAUUUCAGUUUACUUUCCCUAGAACUACAAGAGCGCAAGUACAAAAUACCGUGAUAGUAAUGUUAUAAAGAUGCUCUACAUGCAGACAAAAUUAUUAGCCCCAUACAAGUCAUGCAAAAUUAAACUGAAACACGGUGAUAGUGACAUAUAAGAUAUACACUACUACAGAUGCUUUACUUGUUAUUUACCAUUUAUACCUUUUCUUAGAAACAAGACAUUUUAAGAAAAGUAGCUUUGAUCUAAUUUCAGGGGUUGCCAAACAACUAACUCCCUGCAGUCAAAUUGAGUCCUCCACCUGUUUUUGUACUGCCUGCAAGCUAAGAAUGAGGUUUACAUUUUUAAAUGUUAGAGGGGAAAAAACUGACUUGAAAAUUAUUUGGCCCUUUAUAAAGUUCAAUGACUCCUGAUAUAAUACCGUUAAUUCUCUAAUCCUUUACUUCACCUACAAAAUUUGUAAGUGGCAAGGAACAUAGGUUUCUGUGUCAUACUUCACAGCACAGACCAGUGAUGAUCUGAUUACUAGAACAGGGUAUAUUUUGGUCAUCAAAUGCCCUAGUUCCAUAAUACAGUAAAGCAGCAAUUCUGCCCUUCCUGAAGUCUUAUGGAAGGAACAGUAUUAAUAACCAUUUUGAGGAAACAAGCUAUACUUCAUUCUCUGCUUUGUCUCUUGUUCUUUUGCAGUGUAUUAGGCUGAAAAAUUAUCAGCUAUUUAACCCAAUUUACUGUUGCAUACAACUUUUGACAUCACCAUUUCCUGAAGAGCUUGGUAUUAAAUGCAUGAGAAACCCUUUUGCCAUCUAGACAUUUGUAAGUUUGUUCCUUGUUACGAGACUGUAAUUGAUGAUGUGGAGUUUAGGCAAUCUCAAUGAUCAGAGUCUUUUUGAAAUCAGAUCAUUAAAUAUCUUGUAAUUAUGAUAGAAAGUAUCUCUCCUGUUUUAAUUAUGAAGUUAAAUUAUGAAGUUAAAAAUUGGUACAUAUGGUAUGAUUUGUGAAGAGUUUUACUUGGUCUAAUUUAUUGCAUAUAUUAGCUUCUACUGGCAAUGACAGCUAGAAAGUUAAGAGCAUUUCUAGUAAGUAUACUACCCAUAAAUAACUGAUCAGGACAGGCAUCAAUCAAUUCUGACUCAGCAGCUCAAUAAUGGAUUCUCCAUGCUCUGCACUUCUUCCCUUUUUCCUGUUGCAUUAGCCUCUUCAAUGCUUUGUCACACCUCUACAACAGUACAAAUAGAAGAAAGGGAAGCAGGAAGAGGUUGGAAGAACUGAAAGACAGAUAAGUACAAAUUAAGUGGUGUCAGUAAUAAGGACCAUUACCCCCACCCCCCAGCCAUAGUCUAUACUGUUAUUUUUCUAUGUAAACAAACUGUUUGAAAUGCUUUGAAAAUGAAUCUUAAUAUUAAAAGGCAUAUGCAUGUG